CGUUUUUCCCCAUAUUUCUCGGGCGGAAAACGAACAAACUGGAACUCGUAGCCCUCAAGAACUGGACACGAUCAGAUCUCAACUCUCUCUCUCUCUCUCUCUCUCUCCCGUUCUCAGUGUAAAAAUAGUACAAAAAUUCUCCAGAAACCCCCCCAAACCCUAAUCUCAUUCGCGAUAUGAAUCCCAAGCAAACGUCACCGGAGACCGAUCGCAAGGCCGCGGCAGCGGCGGCGGCAGCCGCGCAGGCGAUCCAGCCUUCCUCCCCACGCUUUUUCUUCUCGGCCGCCGCGGCAGCGAGCCCGGGCUCGCACCGUCGGAUCGCGAUAGCCGUCGACCUGAGCGACGAGAGCGCCUACGCCGUACGGUGGGCGGUGCAGAACUACCUCCGUCCCGGCGACGCCGUGAUCCUCCUGCACGUCCGCACCACCAGCGUCCUCUACGGCGCCGACUGGGGCUCGAUCGACCUCUCGGUCUCCCCCUCCGCGCCGGCCGCCGCCGAAGGUCCCGACUCCGAGGAGUCGCAGCAGAAGCUGGAGAACGACCUCGACGCCUUCACGACCACCAAGGCUCAGGACCUGGCGCAGCCCCUCGUGGAUGCUCAGAUCCCCUUCAAGAUCCACAUCGUCAAGGACCACGACAUGAAGGAGAGGCUCUGCCUCGAGGUGGAGAGGCUCGGUCUCAGCGCCGUCAUCAUGGGGAGCAGGGGUUUCGGUGCCUCGAGGAGGAGCAGCAAGAGCCGGCUCGGGAGUGUCAGUGACUACUGUGUCCACCAUUGCGUGUGCCCUGUGGUCGUGGUACGUUACCCCGACGAUGGGACUGGUGCGGGAUCACGGACCAGGAGAUCAUCAGCGGACGGUGGUGAUGGGGCGGUGGGGAAGGAUUCGGAGCUGCAACCAGUGCCGGAGGAGGAGAAUGAGCGCCCUGGUGCCUCUGAAGAUGCUUGAAGAGUAUGCAUCCUGUGGCAUGGUCCUUAUAAUUCCAGAAGGUAAAAAUGAUCAACCGCCGUGGCAGUAGGAAGCUGGUUGAAGCUUUUUGUACUGGGGAUUCUCUUUGUAAUAAUGGUAUUCUGACUGCUCCCUCUUUAGUUCUCAACGCCCUCUCAUAAACUGAGUGAUUGUUGAGCAUAUUUUAUCCUGAGUUUCUUGGAUUCUGGCAGUUCAAGUUUUUUUUUUUCUUUCGCUAAAGCAGUUCCAGGUUUUUCAUUGCU